AUGAUGUACAAGGUUGAGGCUGAAUCAUUCUGCCUUCUCUUCAAACCUAAAACACCCCGCGACGAGAAGCUCACGACAGCCACCGACGACGAUGACGACGAUGACGACGAUACGACUCGAGUAACUGUCACGUCUCCUGCUCGGAAUCGCAGAGAAGGCGAAGAUAUACCGACUUACGACAGUAAUUCACCUCGCCAGCGACCGUUGUCUGCGCCGCCGAAGGUAUACCAGCAUCCCUUUUCUCGACAAUCGGAGCUUGGAAAAGAAGGGGCUUCUACCGGAAGGUUGCGAUCAAGGGAAACGAUCGUUGGACAGACAGGUACAACCGACGGUAGUGCCGAGAUGUUUGAGUCUGACGGCUGCAAGACCGUUGGGGGCCGCGAUGGUAAGGAAGAUCCCGGAAGGAACGCAAAUUUAGCAUCUCAGCAGCGACUGAGCUUGUCGCCAACCUUCGGGUCGGCGUCAGAGAGGCGGACGAGCGAGAAAAAGCAAUCCGACACGCGAUCCUCGAUGUUGGUGAGCGAGAAUGAGGGGGUCGUACACUGUGGAAAAGCCAGAUUUGCUUUUCUGGAAGGGAUGAACGAGGGGGGAGAUGGGAGUAACGCUGGCGCUUCGGUGUCACCUCAAACCUACGGGCUUCAUCGAUGGAAGGAGUACGCGGUACUGAGGCAAGGAACACCUUGGCUGGUGAGGCACGGGGGGAAUAAGCGAUUCGUCAACAGCCAGCAUGGCCGCGAAAUUCUCUUCGAAACAGCCUCGACGAUUCGCACAAAAGAGGUGAGAGAGGGGAAUACCCAGGCACGGCUAUGCCGUCAUAUUGCGCUUAGGGCAAGGAUACGAAUGGAGCAGAGGGGCACACGUUUCCCGUCAAAGCUUCACCGCUUUCCGCAAGCCAGCGUCGGCCCUACGUGUUUGCUUCGUUCUCAUGAGGUGGCGGAUCUGAACCGCGAACUCAAAGAAAUGAGGGGUUUGGUGCAAGAAUUGCACAGCGCGUUGCAUGCCGAGCAGGUCGAGAAGUCAAACCUUCAGGCCAAAAUCGUGCUUCUGGAGAGAGAGAUUGAAGGGAUGGACUUUGCUCGAAGGCGUUGGUUGAGGGAGAAUGCGAGCAACCGUGGCCGUGGGUCCAACCUGGAAAGGCGGCUAGCGGGAAACACGGGAAACCUACGGACGUUUCUGUUCGGAGCUGACGCAAAGCCGGAGGCGACCAGGUUGGCAACCAGAGACGCUUCCAGAGCACCUGGAACUUUUAGGCCAUCGACCACAUGCAGUGGGUCGCCGGUGGCCUCGUCCCGCACGCACAGCGGUGUAGGUGGCGCCGCCGCAACUGCCUCGGAGAUGUCUACGGGCGAGGAAGGGGAGAGGGAUAUGGCGGCCAUCGGUGAUCACCCGGACUUCCUCUCGGCCUCAUCCUUGCUGGUGCCACAGAUGUCCGCGAAACAAUCUCGGAUCGAGAGGCUCAAGCUCGAGGUACGCAAGCUGGAGGCAGAGAGGGACGGCCUGAAACAGGCGGCAGAGAUCCAGGUAGGGCUGUUCAAGGAUGGCUACGCCGAGCUGAAGACUUGUCUUGAGGAAAUGAAGGCACACGGGCAGUCGCCGCCGCCAGCUACCUCGCGCAGUCUGGCAGACUCGUGUUCCGAAGAGCCCGGCGGUGACGGCCGGGAGACGAUCAAAUCUGCCGAGGGAAGAGAAAGUUGGAUGCAGACUAUGCUAGCGACCGAGGAGGGGCUUAAUUGCCAGGUGAGGAUGCUCCAGGGCCUCCUACUGGAAGCGGUCUCAGCGGCGACCCCGACCGUCGUCAUGCCUGCGGCGGUCACACAGGCCGUCGACUCCAUCCGUCAAGGCCUAGGGCUACCUCCGUUGAUUCACUCCCCGGAACGGGCCGCCCGUGCUCUUCACGGCAUGCCGUUUUCCUCGUCAUCCCGCUAUCCCGCCGCUGCCGCCGCCGCCGCCGCCACCGUAGCCGUACCGGAGUCAACGCACAUCAGUCGUGAUCUUGAGACAGCAGGCUGUGGCCCGCAUCGUGGAAGCGGCGUGGAGAGGCACUUCCUUCAAGGCCCGAGGGUCGAGUCCCCGACCCAGUACAGACCGUCUGAAAGAGGGCAACAACCCCGUGAUUACCACCACCAGAUCCAUGGCGAUCGCCGCCCGUCUGGGCAAACAGCAACGCCCAAUGCCACCUCGCUCUCGUCGACGGCGGAGGGUACCACAAACGACAAGCGUCAUGUGGUAGAUGCCAUGGGUGGAACCAGCAGUCAGGGCAAGGUCGCCGGUAAGGACAUUCGCCCCGACGACGGCGACGACGACGACGGCAGUAGCUGUACGGGCUCCGAAGGGAGCGGUACCCUUUGGGUGAGAGUGGCGCCGACAGACGAAAGCUCUUCGGUGGAAGAAGACUUGAACCCACCGUCCUCGCAGGCGAGCUACCGACACCAGGGCGUCGGGCCCGGUGCUUCUCGGUGGAGGGGGCGCGACGACAUCCUCGAGCGAUACAUCGGUGGCGGGAGGGGUGGGGUGCCGAAUGAAAAACCCGAGCCCGAAGGUCAGCCUGAAGGCAAUCAAUCAAGCCAUGAGUUGCCUUCGUCCCCUCGUGCGUGGUCUGCUGUUGGACCAGGCAACGGCAGAAGAAGUCGCUGGCAAACGCCAGAGAGAGGUAGUAAUAGAAAUAAUAGUGAUACCGACCGGCCGCAUUCUGGCCCAGGGGAAGAGACGCUCAUCCGAAACGUCCGCGACGAAAGUAGGGCGGGGGCGGAGAGGGGAAACAGACGCAGGAGAAUGUUGGGUGCCGAGUUGGCGGUAUCUGGGGGCGCCAUGUCGGUGGGUAAUGAAGCGGGUAUGAGGAACGCCAACGCCUCCGAUAUUCGGCCGUGCGUGCUAGAUGUCGCGGAGCACGAAGGGUCUCCGAAUGGAGAUGGGAAAUGCACAAGAAUCCCGAGUAGCGAGGGUUGGGGUGGUCGGGAUGGACUCCCCGGGGGGGCGAAGAAAGCGAUUUCGAACGAGUUCGACGGCCACCGGUGA